GAAAUAAAUGACAUCGUUUCGUAUUAUCCGAACAGGUCUUUUAAAUCAAACUGAACGCGGGUUUGGAAAAUGGGGAAAGGUUCCAACGGAAAAACCUGCCUUUUCUUUUCUUUCCCUCGUUUUUUUCCUCCUCAUUUUCUUUUUCUUUUCCUGCUUUUCUUGCUCCCGCAAGUAAGGAAGGCGAGAAAAUCCUACACACGCACACCCUAGUGCAAGAACCAUCAUAGACUUAGCCAGCCCACUGCCAGAAACAUUCAAUAUUUAUAAAUUAAAUUGAGUCGAGACGCGGUAGAUGUUGAUGACUAUUUCUUAAUUCCUCAGUCUACUUUUCUCUUCGUGGGUAUUUUUAAUUCUCCGCCAGCGUGCCCAGGAUUUUUAUGAUCUGGGUAUUUCCUCUUUUUUGCCUUCGAAUCGCUCAGUUCGAAGAAAAUUACUCAUUUGGAUUAUUUGGGGCGGGCUUUUAAUUAGGGUUCUUCACGGUUGUUAUUUAUAUACGAUUGGCUUUCUGUGAGGAAUGGUGCUCUGAGAUUGAGUUUGGGUUUGUGGGUGUUCUUUUUUUAAUUUUGAGUUUUCCUGUAGUUGGAGAAGUGAGUGAUUUUGGCAUCAAUGACAGAUAAGCUUGUAGUUGAUGAGUGAAGUUUUAUUUUGAUGUUUUCUAACUGAACAUACUUUUGAAGAGGGAAGAAUUGAGUUACAGUUUGUGUGUGGUGCAUAGUCUUAAAUGCCAGAAGGAGCGAAAGAGUUCAGAAAGAAUAUAGAGUAGUAUAUCAGAUGGGAAACAGCUGUGUUACAUCUAAAUUCUGGAAUGAGGGAUUGUUUCAGCUCAAUUCUCAUUCAGUUUGGUGGCCCCAAUCUUCAGCCAAGAUUAUGUCUCAUGCUAUUGAAGAAAAUAAAAGUGAAAAGCCAUGUGUAAUUAAGGAGAUUGAAGUUCCACCACCUGUUCAAGAGAAGCCCCCAGAACCAAUGAAGAUAGUUAAGGAAGAGCCUAAACCGGUGCAGGCCACGAUACCAAAGGAACCCCACCAUGUCAAGGAAGUUCCGGUUGCAAGACCAAAGAAACCCCAGCAGGUCAAAAAAGUUUGGAGUGUGGGACUUCAGACCAAGUCGGUGUUGAGAACAAAAACUGGUCAUCUAAAGGAACACUACAAUUUGGGGAAAAAGCUUGGGCAUGGGCAGUUCGGAACAACUUUCCUCUGUGUAGAGAGAACAACUGGAAAAGAGUAUGCUUGCAAAUCCAUUGCAAAGAGAAAACUGUUGACAAACGAUGAUUUGGAAGAUGUGAGGAGGGAAAUUGAGAUAAUGCAUCACUUAGCAGGGUACCCUAAUGUUAUUUCGAUCAAAGGGGCUUAUGAGGAUUCCGUGGCAGUUCAUAUUGUCAUGGAGCUAUGUGCAGGAGGUGAGCUCUUUGACAGGAUUGUUGAGCGUGGGCAUUAUACAGAAAAGAAGGCAGCUCAACUUGCUAGGACUAUAGUUGGUGUUGUAGAAGCCUGCCACUCGCUGGGGGUCAUGCACCGAGACCUUAAGCCUGAGAAUUUUAUUUUUGUCAAUGGAAAAGAGGAGUCACCUCUUAAGACAAUAGACUUUGGAUUAUCAGUAUUCUUCAAGCCAGGGGAAAUUUUCAGCGAUGUGGUUGGAAGCCCAUAUUACGUUGCACCUGAAGUUCUUCACAAGUGUUAUGGUCCAGAAGCAGAUGUUUGGAGUGUUGGGGUGAUCAUUUACAUUCUCUUAUCUGGGGUGCCUCCAUUUUGGGGAGAAACCGAGCAAGAGAUAUUUGAGGAGGUUUUGCAUGGUGAUCUUGACUUUUUAUCUGAUCCGUGGCCUAACAUCUCCGAAGGUGCAAAAGAUUUAGUUAGGAGAAUGCUUGUUAGAAACCCUAAGAAGCGGUUAACUGCCCAUGAAGUUUUGUGUCACCCUUGGCUUCAGGCUGAUGGGGUGGUUUCAGACAAGCCUCUUGACCUUGCCGUCUUAAGUCGCUUGAAGCAGUUCUCUGCCAUGAACAAACUCAAGAAAAUGGCACUCAGAGUCAUUGCUGCGAGUCUUUGUGAAGAAGAAAUUGCUGGGUUAAAAGAAAUGUUCAAGAUGAUAGACACAGACUGUAGUGGUCAAAUUACUUUUGAAGAACUGAAAGCCGGCUUUAAAAGAUUUGGCAGUAGUAAUCUUAAUGAGUCUGAAAUUUAUGACUUAAUGCAGGCUGCUGAUAUGGAUAAUAGUGGCACGAUUGAUUAUGGGGAGUUCAUAGCUGCUGCAUUGCAUUUAAACAAAAUUGAGAGGGAAGAUCAUCUCUUUACAGCUUUCUCCUAUUUUGACAAAGAUGGUUGUGGCUAUAUCUCUCGAGAUGAUCUUCAACAAGCCUGCGAUGAAUUUGGCAUGGAGGAUGUUGAUUUGGAGGAAAUGAUCCAAGAUGUUGAUCAGGAUAAUGAUGGCCACAUUGACUUUAAUGAAUUUGUAGCCAUGAUGCAAAAUGGGAAUGCAGAUUUUGGUAAGAAGAUUCAACAGAGUCGUUUUGAUGUUGUAUUUAGGGAGGCAGUGAAGACUUGUUGACCACUGUUUCCCCUUUUUGUUCUCUCUUUUCUCAUGGUUUUGUGAAAGUAUACAACUCUAGAAAGUUCAUGAGAGGAUAUCAUCAGGUGCUUGUAAAUAGUAGAUGCCGCUUCUUUUUGCAUUUGUUGAAUUUACUCAUUUGUUCUGCUGUCUGGAAUUCUUACUUGGAAUAGAUUGUGCAAUAGAUUCUGCUAUCUGCUUUUCAAAAA